CAUCGCGGUGUCAAAAUCCGUGCACUUCAACAAAACACGUCACGUGUUUGCUGACCGGUAGUUGACAACAGUGCCAGUGUCUUUGGUGACAAUUUGUAUCCUUAUAAUUAAUACCUACACUUACGUCACAUGGGAGAGUCAUGGCACACACUGUGAAGGGAAGAAUCCAAACAGUUCUAGGACCUAUUGAACCCCAGAAGCUCGGAAUGACCCUAACUCACGAGCACCUCGUAGCGGAUUUCUCAAUAUUCCAGGCACCACCACCCAAACAUGCCCCUCACAUGGGCACACUGUCCCUCACCAUGGAGAACCUGGGUUUGAUCAGACAGUACCCGUACAGCCUUUCAGCCAAUAUCAAUCUACAUGGAGAGGAGGAACACAUGGGGGAAGAGCUGAAAUUCUAUAAAAAGAAUGGAGGCUGUUCUAUCGUUGAAUGCACCUCCCUUGGCCUGAAAAGAGAUGUCGGAAAACUGCGGAAGAUUUCUAUGGAAUCCGGAGUGAACAUCAUCUGUGGCACAAGUUAUUAUAUAGACAGCACCCAUCCGUCAGACAUGGACACACUCACCCAGGAACAGCUGGUGUCUACCAUGGUCCACGACAUCACCGAGGGGGCUGAUGGGACAAACGUGCGGUGUGGUGUGAUUGGGGAGGUUGGCUGUUCUUGGCCCCUUACUGAUAACGAAAGGAAAGUUCUAAAAGCUUCAGCCGCAGCCCAGAUUGCCACCGGCUGUCCAGUCAUCAUCCAUCCUGGACGGCACACUGACGCUCCUACCGAGAUUAUAAGGGUACUGCAGGAGGCAGGUGGUGACGUCAGGGCCACGGUCAUGUCCCAUCUCGACAGAACAUUCUUCAGUGCUGAAGAGUUCCUGGAGUUUGCUCAGCUGGGGUGUUUCCUGGAAUGGGACUUCUUCGGGCUGGAGGUGUCCGGUAGUCCGUGGCAGUCAGUAAAGACAGACAUGCCCAAUGACGCGGCCAGGAUCAACAUGAUUCUACACGUGCUGCAGGAGGGACACGCUGACCAGGUGGUCAUCUCUCAUGAUAUGGACACCAAACAUAGGCUGAUGCACUACGGUGGCCAUGGUUUCUCCCACAUCCUUCUCAAUGUUGUACCCAUGAUGCUGAGGAAGGGGAUCUCACAGGACGACAUCAACAAAAUCCUCAUCGACAAUCCGCGGAAAUGGCUUACUUUUAAUUAGAGCUGUUGCCUAUUGCAGGGCUUGAAAU